AUGCUGUCAAAGUCUAUGGCAGGGUUUAUCCUUAUCGCUAUUUUUUGGCAAAGUAAAAGCUAUUGUAACCCAUAAUAAUGUUAAUAUUUUCUUGGUAUUAACAACUACAAAACCGGGCGGGUAUUCCGUUUGUAUGACCGUAAAUAGGCACUGCGAUUGUUCUGCGCUUACAUUACAGUUCAAACUUUUGCAAGAAUCGUGUUAACGCAAGCAAACGAACUGUAACAUUAUUUCUUAACAGUAAAUAAACAGUUUUGCCAGAGAUGUCAGUUAAAAAGAAAACCUUAGAUGUUUACUUGGAGGAAGUAUUCAAACAGUUUAUUGCCAUCAAAGAUGAUGACUUUAGCCGGGCUCAGGAGGUCUUUAAAAGUGUUUUUGAACAAAUCAAACAGAAGAUGGGUGAACAAUGCAACUACUUUAAAAAAUACAGUAAUCAGGUCAUGUAUGGUGGUAGCGUGUAUGAUGGAACUAAAGCUACAAAAAUGGAUGAGUUUGACAUGGACAUAGUAAUCCGUCUGCCCAUCAACUAUGAUGACAUUAUCAUAGAGUGCGACCAGCCAGGCUUUGUGAGGCUAAAGAUAAUGAGCGCCUUUGAUAACCUAGACAAACAAAAGGAGUGGGAGCAGUGCCAUAAAGUGACCAGAGACUGGAGGGAUGGUGACAAGUAUCUCUUGCAGAACAAAUUUCGUAGCUGGAUGCAUGGAAUAGUGCAAAAGGCACUUAACGAAAUGAAUGGCCGCGUGACCGUCAAUGGCACCACAUAUCUAAUGACAUACAAGGAGUCAGGUCCUGCGUACACUGUGUUCAUAAGAAAUGAAGAGAAUGACAAGGAAUUCAAACUAGAUGUAGACUUGGUGCCCGUUAUCAGAUUCAGGCUUCCAAGAUGGCCUAAGGGCUACAGAAAAAUAGAGAAGGUGUCCUUGUGCCGGGACUGGCUCGUGGUGCCCAAGCCCAACAAGGAGGCGAGCGGCGCCGCGCGCGGCCGCUGCUGGCGCCUCUCCUUCCAGGACCACGAGCGCGAUCUGAUCAAGGAGUGCCAUCACCUCAAGAAGGUCCUUAGGCUGAUGAAGAAGCUGCGCACCGCACUGAAGAUGAAGGCCAUCGCCAGCUACUACAUCAAGACGUUGUUCCUCUGGAAAGUGGAGAAAGAAAAAAAACAAUUCUGGCAGAAUAAUCUGAGCUUCCUCUUCACCACCAUGCUGCAAGACUUUCACGACGCCCUGGAAAAGAAGAACAUACCAUACUUCUGGAAUUCGAAAAACAACCUCAUUGGGAGCUUAGAUCCGGCAAACCAGAAGCUGUAUACUGAAAAGUUGAAGGGGGUUCUCGUCAGCGCCCGAGCAAAUGACGUCGACAAAACAAUAUUCGCCUUACUCGAAGCUGACGAAAUUCUGCAGUUCAAAAGGUCCGAAAUGUACCAGAGUCAUAGUACGUCUCUUCCGCCCGCUGUCCAGACCAAAUCGUCCACAAGUUCCUCCGUCACUUCUAACACGAGUAGUCAGGAGCAAGGGAACUCGCAAAACUCUCAGAUGGACGACGGUCAAGCUGCCCUACUGAAAUCUAUAAUAUGCAAGCUCGAUUUACUAACGCAGAAGAUGGACCAACAAGAGGCAAGGUUGAUCAAAUUGGAGAUGGCUUACGAACAGUCUAGAAAAGAACCUCAGAAAGAAAUCAAAGUAAUGUAUGAAACGAAUGUUCAAGCGCCUGUUGACGUAAUGUUAAACGGCAACAUAAACACUGUCCCACAAAUUGACUCUGAAGCUCUCAUUUUAUUUUAGAUUAAGAAUUUCAUGGAAAUUAGUCUAAGAAUGUAAUCAACUAGAUUUUAGGAUCUCUUCGAGCUUGUAAACGCAUACAAUAUUAAGAAGAUACAUAGAAUUCAAUGCAUUUUAAAUAUAUUUUUUAACCUCAAUAUUAAAAGAUGAUAUGAUCAUUGUUAUAAAAUGAGAUAGUAUAGUGAAUAGUAAUAAAACCGAGAUUUUUUUUUUUUAAAUA